CGGCGGGUCUAACGGGGCCCGGUUACGGAAGCCGCGGAGGGCUGCGGGCCGGCUCCCUCAGGAAGUUCGCCGUGCGAGCCCCCGUAGCGGCGCAGCGGUCUCGGGCCUAAUGGCGGCCAAGGAAGCCAGCGGCGGCGAGGGGCUGGGGCCCGGGGGCGAGAAGCCCGUCACCUACUACCGGUUGAAUGAGGUGGCGAAGCGCAACUCCAUGAAGGAGAUAUGGCUGGUGAUCCACGGGCGCGUCUACGAUAUCACCCGCUUCCUCAACGAGCAUCCUGGUGGAGAAGAGGUGCUGCUGGAACAGGCUGGAGCAGACGCAAGUGAGAGCUUCGAAGACGUUGGCCACUCCUCUGACGCCAGGGAGAUGCUAAAGCAGUACUAUAUUGGUGAUGUGCACCCGAGUGACCUUAAGCCUGAGAGUGGUAAGAAGGAACCUUCGAAAAGUGAUGCGUGCCAAAGUUGCUGGUCCUACUGGAUCUUCCCCAUCAUAGGCGCUGUUCUCCUAGGCUUCCUGUACCGUUACUUCACGUCAGAGAGCCGAUCUUCCUGAGGAGGCCUUGUCGGAGUCUGGAAAGCAAACCCACUUGGGAGUGAGAACCAGAGACUGUUGGGACGCUGAGUACUGCCCUGUUUGCGAAUCCUGCCCAAUGUAUCAGCCCCUUGGAGCCUCGAUGGUUGGCCAGGCCCCCCGCCCCCCACACCAACUCUCAGAGCUUUGCUUACCAUUCUUGCCCCUGCCUCAGCUUCCUCUGCCUUGGUUUCCGCAGGCUUCUCUACCUUUAGAAACUCACUUUCCUGAUUGUCACUCUUAGUCGCAUUUCCCCCCCAGUUAAAAUGCUUUUCAAAACAUUGAACUGCAUAUUAGACGUGCCCAGAAGGUGAGCACUCUCUGGAAGUACACACGAGAAUGUUUCGGCUUCAUUUUAUGUAUCAUUAGUGGUUUAGUUUGUGAAAUUGCCCGCUAGACUUGAAGCACAUCUGCCCAAGCUCCAUGUUCCCUGUUUGUAUUUGUUGAAACUAGAAAGAAUCGUGUCAUGCGAUUCCAGCUGAUCCUCUCCUUCCCCACCCGGCGAUGCUGAGGGCUCACAACUGGCAGUGCUCAGGGGACCAUUUAGGAUGAUGGGGAUCGAACCUGGGUCUGCUGCGUGCAAGGCAAAUGCCCUCCCCUCCUCCCUAGAGGCUAGAGUGGCAGGCCGGGCACGCCACCCAUGGAGUCCAGGCUGUGUGAUUUCCACCUGGCACUGCGUGUGUUGACUUCCCUUUUGUUUACUGAGAACGGGGAAAAAAGAGAAAGGGAGAGAUUGGUGCGAUGGGGUGAUCCAUGGUAAAUGUUUCUUCUAAAGAAGAUUGAAAACAUUAGGACAGGAGUAUAGAAAUGGCCCAUGAACACCGGUUUAUCGCCAUCUGUUUACUCCCCCCCACCUGUCUCCCUCUCGCGCUCUCUGUGUGUCUCUCUGUCUCUCUCGCAUCAGGGCCUUAGACUCCUAGGGCAAGCGCUCCACCGCUGAGCUCUGUUCCUGCCCCCCUCCCCUUCCUGCAACCAACUUUUCUUGGUCAAAUACAAAUUUGUAAUGACGUCUGUAGAAUUUUACCAGAAAAUUUUGAUGCUUUUAUGUUUUUUGGUUAGCAAAAACUUGAUCCUACCUUUUUAUAAAAGUUAGAAGAGGUAGAAUAUUUGAUCCGUUUACCCUGGUCAAAUCACUUUUCUAGCGAGGCGGCGUGAGGAGGAUGUGGGCAGUUAUGGCAGGUUUUUUCUCUGUCAUCUCUUUUUUACUUCCUUGGCUCCAAUUUGUGGUUUUAUUCUGUUUUCCAUUGAGAAUAAAAAACAAACAAAAAACUGGCAGUUUUUCUCUUGAAUGAGUGUUUUCCUUGAGAAGGUGAUUAUGUGGAAAUCCGUUAUUAUUCCUCGUGGUGGAGGAGUCUC